AUGGCAUAGAGACAACCACCUAAGAAAUCAGGUACCGCUUAAUCGCAAAUGGGAGCUUCUCAACAGCAAUAGCCACUCUCAACAACUUUGGGCUAGCAGCCAAGAUCAGCUGGAGGACAAUAGCAAGAACAAGAAUAAAAUCAAAGCACUGCUAUGACUGGAGUCACCUCUGGGAAUUCCUCUGGAUCAGUUGAAGAACUAGACGUAUAUGGUGAAGUCCCAUAAGCUCGUUUUGGACAUACCAUCACUCUAGUCAGUAAAACCAAAGUUGUGCUUUUUGGAGGUGCUACAGGUGAUACUGGCAAGUACUCAAUGACUGGUGAGACUUACUUGUUCAACAUUCUAACUAAAACCUGGCAAAAACUCAAUGUAAAAGGAGUGCCCCCAUCACCAAGAGCUGCUCACUCUUCAACUAAUGUGGAAUAGAUGCAAAUGGUAGUUUACGGAGGAGCCACUGGAGGUGGAAGCUUGGCUUCUGAUGACUUAUACUUACUUGAUAUGAGAAAUGGUGAGGAGAAUGCUCAAUGGAUGAUUGUCCCAGUGGUAGGAUCAACACCAGGAAGAAGAUAUGGUCACACAAUUAUCUUUUCUAAGCCACAUUUGCUUGUAUUUGGAGGUAACACUGGAUAAGAGGCAGUUAAUGAUGUGUGGUGCUUGAGUGUCGAGAAAGCCCCAUUCUCCUGGAUAAAGCUUGACUGUGGAAAAGAUAACCCAGCAGUCAGAGUUUACCAUUCUGCAGCAUUGUGCUAAACUGGCAGUGCUACUGGCAUGAUGGUAGUCUUCGGUGGCAGGACUUCUGAUUAAAGCUCAUUAAACGAUAGCUGGGGACUUAGAAGACAUAGAGAUGGUAGAUGGGAUUGGGUUAAGGCACCAUACAAAGCAACUGGAGAGUAGCCAACACCAAGAUAUCAACACUCAACUCUUUUCUUGGGACCUCUUAUGAUGGUUAUUGGAGGAAGAACUAAUCAGGUUGGUGAGAUUGUACCUCUUGAAGUAUACGAUACUGAAUCUUCAGAGUGGUACAAGUUCAACUCUCUCUAGAGAUUUAGACAUGCUUGCUGGUCAGUUGACGCUAAUGUUUACGUACACGGUGGCUUUGAGCAUGAAACUCCUAACAUUCCAAUUAACAUUAUCGCUAGAAUUGAUUCUUACAAGCUUUUCCAUAAGCACGAGCACCUCGUUCAAAAGAUAAAGCCAAUUGAGUCUAAAACUAAGGACAAGGCUAACGGAAAGGAUCAAAUCAAGAAGAAUGCAGGCCCUAACAUCGGCAAUAUGGGACAAGAAAGAGAAUUUAGACUUGCUACCCAAGCUCAUAUCGCUAUGAGUUACCCAGGAUAAGGAGAACAACCAGUAGAGGAUUUCUCAAUGCUCGUCAGACAAAUAUCAAUCGAUAAACUUCAAGAAGAGCCAAAGAAAUUAGGACCAGGAUUCAAAAAUCAAAUUUCAGUUAAUAAGAAUCCUCAUGAAGCAUUAUACAGACUUUUCCUGAUAGCCCUGUUAAAGCCCAAAGACUUCACAUUGCCUCCUUGGGGAUCAAAGUUCCCUCUAAAGAGAGAGGACAUUAUUGAGCUUGCUACUGAAUGCAUCAAUAUCCUCGCAAUUCAGCCUACAGUUAUUAAGGAUCUAAAACCCCCCAUUAAGAUCUUUGGAAAUCUUCAUGGAAAUUAUGCUGAUCUUAUGAGAUUCUUUGAUAUUUGGAAAGCACCAUCAGAUAACGGAGACAUCAGUGGAUACGAUUAUGUAUUCCUAGGAAAUUAUGUUGACAGAGGAGCUUAUAACCUUGAAACUAUCUGCUUGCUCAUGGCUCUCAAACUUAAGUAUCCCAGACAGAUAUUCCUUAUGAGAGGUAAUCAUGAAGAUAAAAACGUUAAUAAAUACCUUGGUUUCGGAGAGGAAUGUGCUAAGAGACUUGGUGAGGAUAUUAACAUGUCAAAUAGUGUCUUCGCUAAGAUCAACGAGAUGUUCGAGUAUUUACCUCUAGCUGGUAUUGUGUGCGACAAAGGUACCUAAAACAAGGUAUUCUUAGUUCACGGUGGUAUCGGCUCAUCAGCAAUGAAAGUAGAGGAGAUCGAGAAAAUACAAAGACCUAUUCAGAUUAACCUAGGAGAAAUCACUACUCCUGAGCAAUAAUUAGUCGUCGAUCUACUUUGGAGUGAUCCUACAGACAGUGAAGAGGAAAUGGGCAUAAUCCCUAAUCAAAUUAGAGAUCCUCUAGGACAAAACAAUAUAAUGAAAUUUGGCCCUGAUCGCGUUGAAAAAUUCUUGAAAACUAAUGGUAUGAGUAUGAUCUUAAGAUCUCAUUAAGUAUGCCCGGAUGGUAUUGAUAGAUUCGCAGGUGGGUAAUGUAUCACUAUCAAUUCAUGCACAGACUAUUGCAAUAAGUAUAAUAAUGAUGCCAGUUUUAUAAUACUACAAAAGAAAAUCAUCGUUUCUACUAAGAUCAUCAAGCCUGCUUAGAACUCAAAAAUCAACUGGAUUGAAACAAGUCAGAUUCCAGAAAGUGCUAAUUCCAGCGUCAGAAGACCAUUAACACCCCUUAGGAUCACUAAAUCUGCUCCAUAAUGA